CUUCGCAGUUUCCUCUCCUUGUUUUGCUUUCGAUCUGGACUGUUCUCAGGCAAGCCGGGGAGUAACUUUUAGUUUUGCUCCUGCGAUUAUUCAUCUGACGGGCUUUCAUUUCCAUUUCAUACACCCUAGCAACAUUUAAACCUUGCGGAAUUGUAUUGGUAGCGUGAAAAAGCACACUGAGAGGCGCAUCACAGCCUCCUUGGGCUUUGGAAUGCUAGACUGCACUUCAGAGAGACCACUCUUGGGGACCAUUUUAAACAGCAAAAUCACCAACGGGAAGCGCAAAAAUGUGAAAAAUUUUGCACUAAAUAGACCAUAAAUAGGACACUUGUUUACAGUGUGAGAGCUGAAAUAAGAAGUCAGAAUGUCUCGUUGUUCAACCUCAGCUGGGAAUGUGUACAUUGGACCACUCAGAGUUUUCACCUCUUUCUGUGCCUGCGAAUGACCCAUGAAAGCAUGCUGAGGAUGCACCUGGGUGUCACAGAUACAUUUGAGCAAGGUACCAUGCCGGUGGAAAGGAUGCGGAUGCGGCCAUGGCUGGAGGAACAGAUAAACUCAAAUACGAUACCAGGGCUAAAGUGGCUUAACAAGGAGAAGAAGAUUUUUCAGAUCCCCUGGAUGCAUGCAGCUAGACAUGGGUGGGAUGUGGAGAAGGAUGCCCCACUCUUUAGAAACUGGGCAAUCCAUACAGGAAAGCAUCAACCGGGAGUAGAUAAACCUGACCCAAAAACAUGGAAGGCGAAUUUUCGAUGUGCCAUGAACUCCUUGCCUGAUAUUGAAGAAGUCAAGGACAGAAGUAUAAAGAAGGGAAACAAUGCCUUCAGGGUGUACCGGAUGCUGCCCUUAUCUGAGCGACCUUCCAAGAAAGGAAAGAAACCAAAGACAGAAAAAGAAGACAGAGUUAAGCACAUCAAGCAAGAACCAGUUGAGUCAUCUUUGGGGCUUAGUAAUGGAGUAAGUGAUCUUUCUCCUGAGUAUGCGGUCCUGACUUCAGCUAUAAAAAAUGAAGUGGAUAGUACGGUGAACAUCAUAGUUGUAGGACAGUCCCAUCUGGACAGCAACAUCGAGGAUCAAGAGAUUGUCACUAAUCCGCCAGACAUUUGCCAAGUUGUGGAGGUGACCACAGAGAGUGAUGAGCAGCCGGUCAGCAUGAGUGAGCUCUACCCUCUGCAGAUUUCCCCCGUGUCUUCCUACGCAGAAAGUGAAACUACCGAUAGUGUGCCCAGUGAUGAAGAGAGCACGGAGGGACGCCCACACUGGAGGAAGAGGAACAUUGAAGGCAAACAGUACCUCAGCAACAUGGGCACCAGAAGCACCUACCUGCUGCCCAGCAUGGCGACCUUCGUGACUUCCAACAAGCCGGAUCUCCAGGUCACCAUCAAAGAGGAGAGCUGUCCGGUGCCUUUCAACAGCUCCUGGCCCCCUUUCCCAGACCUGCCCCUCACUCCCUCCGUGACCCCAGCGCCCAGCAGCAGUCGGCCCGACCGGGAGACUCGGGCCAGCGUCAUCAAGAAAACGUCCGAUAUCACCCAGGCCCGCGUCAAGAGCUGUUAGGCCUUUGACUUCCCCUGGUGGUUGUUGGGAGUUCUUGGCUUUGUUUGUUGUUUGUUUGUAUUUUAUUUUUCUCUCUGACACCUAUUUUAGACAAAUCUAAGGGAAAAAGCCUUGACAAUAGAACAUUGAUUGCUGUGUCCAACUCCAGUACUGGAGCUUCUUUUUAACUCAGGACUCCAGCCCCUUGGUAGACGUGUAUCUCUAGAGCCUGCUGGACCUCCCAGGGCUGCUCCCUCAACUUCAAGGACGUCAUAGGACCAACAGCCGCAUGGGCAGUGAGGUGCUGCAUUGCCUGCGGUCAAGGCCAGCAUGGUGGAGUGGGUGCCUCAGAAUGGAUGAGAAAAUGUGAACUAGCUGGAAUUUUUUAUUCUUGUGAAUAUGUACAUAGGGCAGUACCAGCGACGCUGCAGUCUGCUUCUGCACCUUAUCUUAAAGCACUUACAGAUAGACCUUCUCUGAUCUUGCUCUAUUUCAUAGCACAGCACAUUCAGCAUCCCUUUCAUGUCCCCUCUCUCGCCUCCCAUCCCGUCCCUUCCCACCCAGUUCCUUUCCUCCUUUUCCUCCCCUCAAAGGCUGUGUUCCACAUCCCUGAGGAGGAGAAGAAGAAAAUGAACUUCUCCCCAGAUGUCCCAUUUUAAGACUGCUUUAACAACACAAAAAGAAAAAGAAAAUCUUUUUAAUCUGCUAUGCUUGAAUGCCACGCGGUACAAAGGAAAACUAUCAUGGAGAUAUUAUGCAAAUUCCCAGAUUUGAAGACAAAAACACUCUAAUUCUAACCAGAGCAAGCUUUUUUAUUUUUUAUACAGGGGAGUAUUUUAUUCAAGGUAAAAUUCUAAAGAAAAUAUAAUUGUUUUUUAUCUUUUCUACAGCAAAUUUAUAAUUUGAAGAUUCCUUUUCUUGUUUCUCAGCAGUUAUUAUUACAUCCUUGUGGCACAUUUUUUUUUUUUUAAUUUUGUAAAGGUGGAAAAGCUUUUAUGAGCUCAUGUAGCAAUCAAAUUAUCCUGUGGAUUGAUAAUAAAUGAAUAUGAUAUAUAGUUAAAUUUUUAA